CUAAGCGUCGCGUUUUUACCGCUCUUUUUUUGGUCAACAAGCGAUCAUCAGAUAUCUCUCGGGCGAGCAAGCCGAGAAAGAGAUUCAGAUGCUCUGAAAGAUAUGAAACACCACCACAAGCUCACGGUGGCUUUAUGUCUCAUCUGGGCUUCGUCGAUCCUCUACGGCGAGAUGUUCGCCUUCUGGGUUCCUUCUCUCUUCACUUGUUCUUGGCCUCACCAUCAUCUUCUCAAGAGUGAUAGAGUGGAGAGUGAUGUGAAGUUUACUAAAGUAGCUAUUGUCACUGAUCCACAGCUCAUGGAUAAGACAUCGUUUCGUUUGUCUUCAAAGACGCUUGCUUUGGAGGUUGCACAGUUCUACACUGAUGUAAACAUGCGGAGAUCGUUCUUUCAGUCUGUCUUACCUUUCAAACCAGACGUUGUUUUGUUUCUAGGUGAUUAUUUCGAUGGUGGGCCGUUUCUCCCUGAGGAAGAGUGGUAUGAAUCUUUAAGCCGGUUUAAACACGUGUUUGGGAUGAACUCACAAGGACAAGUUGGAGACGUCCCUACGUUCUACAUCUCAGGGAACCAUGAUAUUGGCUACUCUCGUGUUGCGUCCCAUAAGCUAGACGUGAUUAGGCGAUAUGAGAAAGAGUUUGGUAGCAGAAACAGUAGAUUUAUGAUUGGAAGUACUGAGUUCAUCAGCAUUGAUGCACAAGCUAUUGAUGGGAAUCCUCAAAAGGAAUUGGGAUCAGAGGUUUGGAAGUUUGUACAAAAUGUCUCCUCUGAUACAAAAUCACAUCCUAGAGUUUUAUUGACACACAUCCCAUUAUAUCGGCCAGAUCAAACCCCAUGCGGCCCUCACCGUACUUCUUCAGUCAUUGAUCAGCGGCUUUGGCGCCAUUUUCAAGAUCAAGAAGUAAUGUAUCAGAACUAUAUCACUACAGAAUCAUCAAAGAAGUUACUGGAGUUGAUCAAACCGACAUUAGUUCUGUCUGGUCAUGAUCAUGACCAGUGUACUCUAACACACAAGUCGGAAGCAGGAUCUGUAACAGAGCAUACUGUAGGCACUAUAAGCUGGCAACAAGGAAAUUUAUAUCCGUCAUUCAUGCUAUUAUCUGUCCCCAACACCGUCCAUCAAAACUCAUCUGAUCAAGACAGUAUGUUGCACACCCAACUAUGCUUCCUUCCGAGACAAUUAUUCAUCUACAUUUGGUACCUUUCUCUGUUCGUUUUGACCCUUCUCGCUCUCCUUCUCUGGCCAAACCAUGGCAUAAGCUUCUUAAACAACGCUGCAGACACUAUCUCAAGUGUAAUGAAGUUAAGCUUCUUAAGCGGUGUCACGAAAGAGAAGAAUGAAGAUGAGAACUGUGAGUAUGAAAUGGUGUGGGACGCAGAAGGGUCUAUGCAUCUCGUUAAGAAAGUUCUUCAAGCUCCAGUGAAGCGUCAAAGCGAUAAAUCUCAAAUAGAAAGGGGCAAUGCUGUGCUGAGAUCUGCAGCUAGAAAGAACGAUAUCGAAAAUGUGAUGGACUCAAAUGUAGGUGUUGGAGUGUCGGAUCCUCUAAUGAGAUCAGCAUCGAAGUCAAGAACGAAGCUUGUGAUCCAGAGAGUGAUACGUACAGUCAUGAUGAGCAUUGUCAUUGCGGCGUUCAACGUUCCUGUUUACAUGAUGUUGAUUUUCAAAGAUUGGGCAUGAAAUGUUGGGAACAUGGAAACUAUGAUCUAUAGAUAUCUAGAUGGUGACAAGUGAAAACUCUUGUUGUGUUAUUAUUAGGAUGUUGAGAUGCAAAAGAAGAAUACUUUAUUCGAUAUGGUUCUAACAUUUACCAUUA